AUGUCUUACGACGAUAGAUACGAUGCAUCUCUUGAUUUAUUGAGACGUUUGGAUCCCAAAGAUAUCUCCAAGAACUUGAAUGAUAUAUGUACUUUGAUUCAAAACGAUUCCCAAGCAGAAGCCGGUGAGAAUGAAGAUUUGACUCAAGAUUUGUUAUCAUCGGUUGAUAUACCAUUGAAGGUUGCCAAAUGUAAAGAGUCCGGAAAGGACUACUUGUGUUGUGAUUAUAACAGAGACGGAGACUCGUACAGAUCUCCAUGGUCUAAUAAGUAUUAUCCAACUGUUACAACCGACGAAGCACCUCCUUAUCCUUCCAAUAUUUUAAGACAAUUAGAACUGAAGGCAAACGAAAGUUUUGACAUCUACCGUGAUUUAUACUAUGAUGGUGCUGGUGCAUCAUCUGUUUACUUAUGGGACACUGCUGAAGAAGAAACUGAAGAAGAAGAUUCAUUAUCUGCUGGUUUUGCUGGAGUUGUUUUAUUCAAAAAGGAAACAGAGGACAACUCUGGAAAGUGGGAUUCCAUUCAUGUUUUUGAAGUGAUACCUGAAGGAACUACAUCUGCAACUUAUAAGCUAACCUCUUCCGUUAUUCUUGAUUUACAAAAUUCCUCAAAGGGAUCAUUAUCGUUAUCGGGUAAUUUAACUAGACAAAUUGAAUCAUCACAGCAUUUAUCUUUAGAUGGAGGGGUUAAUUUGGAAACGGCUCACUUAAUCAAUUUAGGUACUUUGAUUGAAAAAUCGGAAUCAAAUGUUAGAAAUUUACUUCAGGAAGUUUAUUUUGAUAAAUUGAAAAAUAUCAUGUUGAGGGAUUUGAGGUCUGUUGGUGAUCUCAAUAGUCAACAAUUGGAUAAAUCCAAACAAUCUGAAUUAAUCAAAGGUUUGCAAGGUUUGUAG